AGCCGCAUCCCCAGCCAGCCUCCGCCGCCGCCGUUCCCAUUGCAGUUCCCCCGCCACCCUGCCCUAGAAGCCCCGCCGCCCACUGCGACUGUUUGUCUGAGCUCCAAUGGUGAAGCGACACGGUGAUACAUUGCAGCCCGCAGAAACCACCCGAUAUGGUUGGGCGACAGAUCUACUUGUAUGGAAGAGGGCGAUGGAAGAGUUUUGCGCCAGAGAUGAGCAGUUGCUGGCCAAGUGCAAGGAAAUAUGCUCCUGGUUUCUGAGCAUUAAAUCUCUCGAGUUGCACUCUAGGCCUGACCUUGGAAGUAAUAGCAGAUAAACUGAAGCUGGUCGUUCCUGAAGCCAAGGGGGCAAUCGCAAUGGAGAUCCUCCUCUGGGCAAUGGCAAAGGCGCUGGAGUCGUCGGAUCCUCGACAUCGAGCUUGCUGGUACGAGUACCGCUCUCGCCUCUCGUUGCAGAAUCCAGAGACGGAAGGGCCUGUGAACUUACGUAUUAUCGACGUUGUCAAUGAGGAAUCACAGGAGGAGGAUUCAGAUGAUGAGGAGGAGGAGGAAGGAGUUUCUGGGGAGGAGGAUGAGGAAGAAGUUUCUCACGAGGAGGAGGAGGAAGAGGAAGAAGUUUCUGAAGAGGAGGAGGAGGAAGAGGAUUCUGAUGAGGAGCAGGAGCAGGAGGAGGAUGCAGAAGACGUGGGCUGUCAGGGAGUUAUGGAGAUCAUCGCUCAUCCUUCAUAAGCAGAUAUGGAUCUGAUGAUUGCCUUGCAUGAUGAGGAUGCUCUGAUGGAUGACCAGGAGCUUUUCAAUGCUGAUGCCGAGGAGGAUGUACCACUGCUCAGAUGGGAGGCCAAGCCAGGCUGCAAGACUGCCCCAAUUUUGGUGGAGGAGUAUGAGCUCAACCCUCAGUUUGAGCAGAAUGCUGAACGAUCCCACCGGUGCAUGGCUCGCCAUCUUAAGCGUCUCCAAAAGCAAGUGAUGAGGAUCCGACAUGUGGAUGCGCAUCGUUAUAUGAAAAAAUUUAUGUUAUUUGAAUGUGCUUAAUGAAUUGGUCUAUGCUACAUUUUGGAUUUUGUAUGUUCAGAUGGUUUUUUGCAUGUGUGCAUCAUGCAAAACUUAAUAAGUAGCAACAACAUGAAAACUUA